AUGAGUUCCCAAUUUGCAAAUCGCCGAAAGCCCCGCAAAAUUGGUGGCGAUGAUGAGGAAAAUGACGCCGACGAGCAAGACUCUGGACCUGUUGUCAAACGUCCUCCGACUUCGAAAACGAAGCAAAAGUCGAAGAUGCGCCUUUCGUUCGGCCCCGGCAGUACCUCGAUGGCCGACGAUGACGACCAGGAAAGCGAAGUUGUCAUUCCCAAACGACCUGGGCUCGCGAAACGGGCUAUAGAGAAGAGCGCAUUUCAGCGAUCCUUGACACCGUCGGGUGCAGGUGGUCAGAUUCCCCUCCGGGUAGGGCCUGAGCAGGAUAGGCCGAGUUACAAUGACGAAUAUCUAAAAGAGCUCCGAAACUCGACACCCUCUACGCCGAAGCCCGCAGCUGAGGAUGAAUCAGAGAAGACAAUUGAUGUCGCUGCAAAGUUUGGUGAGGUCAUGAAGGUUUCAACUCCUGCUGCUAUUCCCAGCGAAGCAGAGAUUAGAGAAAAGAAAGCUCGGAGAGCCCGGUUAGCGAAGGAAGAGGCGGCACUUUCCACCGAGAAAGACUUCAUUUCCCUUGAGGAUGAUAUGGAAGAGGACGACUGGGAUCUUCAGGCGCGGCGAGAGGAUACGAGGCUCGUCCGUGACGAUGAAGAUUUCGCAGAAGGAUUUGAGGAGUUUGUAGAGGACGGACGUAUAUCCCUUGGGAGGAAAGCAGAGAAAGAGCAAAAGCGAAAACAGCGGGAAGAAAUGCGUGAACUUAUUGAUGAUGCCGAAGGUCUGUCGGAUGAGGAUGAUUCGGACUUGGAGGAAAAAGCAGCGUACGACGCCAGUCAGGCACGAGCUGCUAUGGGUGCGAGCAGAGAUCCUAUUGACCGUCCGCGCACUCCGCCCAAGAUGACCUCGUUACCCCGUCUGUCGAACUCACUCGAGCGUUUGCGUAUGAACUUGGCGGUCCUAGAGAAGUCAAAGGCUCAGAUGAUCGACCGUAUGGAGGAACUGAGGAAAGAGAAGGCGGACAUAGCUGUUCGUGAAGUGGAAAUCCAGGCUUUGAUCAAAGAAGCCGGAGAUAAUUACGAGAAGCUUAAGCAGGAGGCUGGAAUCACUCCUGGCUCGGAUGGGAACCUCUCUACAGCCGAUGAAAUGGCGAGUUCGCGAGGCUUGGAGGGUCUUGGAAAUUCGCGUAGUGUCAUUGCGUUCAUUGAGUCGCCAAUUGACGAGAAGGAUGGAGAUCUUCCGCAUCUCCGUCAACAAUCCGAGGCAACACCCAUCGAGCUAUUCUUUGACUUGUUCUUCGUUGCAAAUCUCUCCACCUUUACAGCUACACAUGAAAUCAACAACGUAGAAGCUUUGUGGGCCUACAUUGGCUUCCUCGGGAUCAUCUGGUUUACCUGGCUUCAAGUCACACUAUUUGAUAUCCGUUUCGCGCGAGACUCGAUCUUCGAGAGAAUCUGCAAGGCCAUUCAAUUGGCUGCUAUGGUUGGAUUUGCAUCGGCAGGUUCAAGGUUCACCACACGUGUUCAGCCAGAAAAUGUCUGGGCCUUCCAGUCCUUGAGCCUUAUCCUCGGUGGCAGUCGGCUCUUACUCGCCUUGCAAUACACUGUGAACGCCGUGUUUCUUCGACGGCGUAUGAUACCUGCAGCUCGGGGCGUAUCCAUCAUUGCCGGGAUGCAAUUUGUCUCAAGUUUGACCUACCUCCUGAUGUAUUAUGCCUUCCGUCCCCGUGAAGGAGUCAACCCCUAUAUUUGGACCGUUUGGUUUGUUCUGUUUGGGGUCGAGAUGUGGGUAGUAAUGGGAACUUCAAGCGCCACACCUGGGAUUGGACUUCAAGAUACCCAUCUCAACACAAGAAUGGGCCUCCUAACUCUGAUCAUAAUCGGUGAAGGUGUCAUAUCUGUCACUAGGCUCGUCAACCGGACAGUAGGCCCUGGUGGCUGGACGAAGUGGUCGUUUGUCCAUAUCCUAGGCGUUACAACUAGUGUGUACUUCUUGUGGCAAGCUUACUUCGACCUUUCUCCCAGACGUGUUCUGGGCAAGUAUUCUCAGCAAAUAUGGGCCCAGCUACAUUUCCCAUUCCAUGUGGUCCUCAUUCUACUCCUUGAAGGGUCUCAGAUCCUUGCCUUAAGUCUGGAUAUCACAUUGAAACUCCGGUACCUAGCGGAAACCAUUUUAUGGGCUUGUGAAGACCCACGGCCCAGACCCGACUACGCCAUCCAAAUUCUUCGAGCCACCAUUGCUGAUAUGGAAAUCGACUAUAGCCGAGGGGCCGUAAACGAACAGGUUACAAUCUCCCGGAUCUUGGAUGAUCUCCCCAAUCACCCGCUUUGUCCCUCCCGUCGGACGGGCCAAGUCCCCAUCGCCCGAGACAUGCUCAGUGACCUGGUAGGGAAUGUAACUGCGGCGCUGUUCUCCACCAUGCGGAUCAUGCCUUCGAACCACCCUGAUCCUGGCCGCUUGAGUAGUGAGCAGCUGCUGAGAGGGUAUAUGGCCCUCCUAGAAUUCGUCUAUGUGUACUAUUUUGCCGUGGCGUCACUCUCCAUGAUGUUCUUUGGUGCUUUUGUUUUAUUAGCGCGUCGCCACACGCUCCGCAGAUGUAUGGGCAUCAGCGCAGCGGCCCGCGUGUCCCUUGGUAUGCUCCUUGGAAGCCUAAUGAGUUUCUCUCGUCACUUUCCGCUCGUCUAUUCUUUCAUGACAUCCCCCGCCAUAUUAUAUGCGUUUACUCUUACAUUGUUCAUGGUGCUGCUGAUGGACCGGCUUUUGGACCGGUACCAGAGCUACGGCGGACGGACGCAGGAAAGCGAAGUACCCUGA